ACAAACGCUCCCGGUUGAAAUUCUUGCCGUUAAAUACAUUACCUACAUAUUUAUGUAGAUUGGCGCUACGUGUACAGAACCGUUAACAAAACUUGGGAAUGUUCAUGGCAAGAGAUACCUCGGUUGCCCCUGCUAGUGUGUAGCAGUGUAAGUGUAGCGUAUCGUUCGCGAGGAGUGUAACCAAGUGUAGUUGGCCUCGUUUUACGAGUUACUUUCCAAAAAGAAAGAGUAAUUUCCUUUGAUAUUAUAGGAUUAAUCGUUAUAUUGGUACAAUAUGCUGAAUAGAUUAUGUUCUACUGUUUACCAAAUUCUUCCGCGACUCAUAUCGCCGGGUCAACUUGGUUCACCAGCGGUGACAAAUCUAUGGAGUCUAACAUUGAAUAGGACAAGUAUGCGAUAUCACUUUCCUCGUCCCAAUGAACGUCGCCGCAUAAAACGUCACGGAUGGUACGCCAGAAUGGCAACACCUAGUGGUAGAAGAAUCCUUAUGAGAAGAAUAUUGAAAGGCAGACAUGUACUUAGUCACUAAGGAUUAUAGAAUGGCAAAUCAUGUACCACGUCCAAAUUACUCUGGAUAUAUCAUGUUCAAUAAAAAAAAGAAAAAGAAAGCAUAAAAUAAUACGCUGAUUCAUAGAAAUGACAA